GUGUUCUUAAGUUCCAGAAUGGCUUCAGCCUUUGACACAGACGAGGGCAGCUCGUCCUCCGAGGACAGCGACGUCGUCCGGUUUGAGGAGAGCGACGAGUCGCCGGAGUCCGAUGGCUUCCCUCAGCCUUCUGCCAGACAGCCCUGCAAGUUUUACAACGAUGGCGGCUGCAGGGAUGGAAGCCACUGCAGAUACCUGCAUGUCUGCAAGUUCCACCUGCAGGGGAGGUGUCGCUACGGCAACGCCUGCAAGCUGAGCCACUCUGUGGGUGGAGGAGGGAGAGGAGGAAGAGGAGGAGGAGGAGGAGGAGAAGGAAGAGUAGGAGGAGGAGGUGGAGGAAGAGCCCCCCUGCUGACGGACGGCCGACCUUUCCAGUGGCAGCUGAAAUCCCGAGACGGCUGGAAGGACAUUGAAAACGAUCACGUGAUCGAGGCUCAGUACUCGCUGCCUCACAGCAAGAGCAUCAAGAUCUACAACACGGCGUACGGGGCUGUGAGCAUCGACUUUUCCCAGGUGAGAGUGAUCGGGAAGAACCUGCAGGUCCGCCGUCUGGACGACGGGAGCAGCACCUGGUCCUGGUUCUGCAUCCUGCGGAAGAAGUGGAUCAAAUAUGGCGAGAAGGACGCUAAGGGCCAGGGCAGCCCGGUCAGCAGCUUGGACAUCGAGAGGAAGUACCAGAGCGACCCGACCGGAUCGUUCUCCUUCAGCGUCGGAGGGAGCAGGGUGGAGAUCAGGUUCAGAGAGAUGGUUCAGAUGGGUCAGAGUCGGAAGAGGAGGGUCACCCGGCGGCCGCAGUUCCGAUACAAGCAGACCGGAGGAGGGAACGCUCCGGCGAUGCCGGCCAUCGCCAACCUGUCUCUGGGCUCCAAACCUCAGUGGCAGUUCAAGGGCGACAGCGGAUGGCAUGUCUUCAGAGACAGGCCCGGCUGCUCCAUCACCACCACCGACAUCGAGGCCCGCUUCGAGCAGAACCCCAGAGGCAGCCUGACCUUCACCGUCAACGGUCAAAACUACAAGCUGGACUUCGGAGCCAUGAGCCAGACCAACCUGAAGACUCAACACAGGCGCGCCAUCAGAAGAGUGAUGGUCUGACCUGCCCGGACCUCAGACACACACACACACACGUACACACACAUGCAUGUUCAGCAGUAUUUAACGGUAUUUGAAGCUGUAUACGAAGGUGUUUACUGCCAUCCGCUCGUCUCAGGAAGUCAACCCUCUCCGUUAGUUUACACAUCGGGAAGAAACGCUGCUGGUCUGGAGAACGCCAUGUCUUCCACUCGGGGCCUUUUUAAUCUCAGUGAUGAACCAGAUUCAUUUAAUGUGAUUUUUUUGUGUUUUGCAAACUACAUUUCUCUGCAUGCUGCUUCUGCUCAUGUAUUAUUCUGCUUUGUUGGUUAUUCUGCUUGAUUUUUACGUGCCAAAGACAAUCAUUGAUCUAAUUCAAAUAUCAAUAAAAGAUCUAAA